CAGUAUCUAACGGGGACUGGUUCGGUACGGUGGUACGGUUUCGAUGGUCCUUUAUACCGCGGUUGGUCCAAGUUCGCGGUGACGCGUGAAUUCAGUUUUUUUUCAGGAAACUGGGCCAUCCAUCCUCCAUCCAUGGUGCAUGUGAUCGAUGUACCGAUGACUAAUUGAGUAUUUCGAUUCGACAUUCCAGGAUCUGACAGCGGCCGUUCAAUGCGUACUGUCGGCAAUCACAAACUGGCCGGGAAUCUGCACCUGUAACACAGAUUUGGACAGUACAUGGUGAUUCAGGGGCUGGAAAAUAUACCCUUAGCUGUUACACAGAUGGAAAACCGUUUUCAAUGGUGAAUUUUGUUUAUUUUAUUUUUUGUUUGCUAGGUAGUUGCAAUUCGGGAUUUAAAUCUAUGUUGCGAUUUAUGGUGUGAUUGAGUUGGAAUUGAAUGUGACGCGUAGUGGGUCCAGCUUAGCUAACCGAUUGCCAUAGCUUUUCUCUCGGAAUGACUGCAUAGAAGCGCAAUGAUACGGCUAGCAAAUUAAUUACUUUGUUUUUCAGCGGAUGUUGAACGAUUCCGGUUACGAUUGGAAUUGGAAAGGUUUUUUUUCUGUAGUACUGAGUGUGAUAGAGUUAUUUACGAACCAAACAGAACACAAAUCUCCACAAAACAAUUAAUUUUAAAAACCAAAUCGCAACUUCUGCAUUCGAUGCUUUCAGUUGCGACUACGACUCGGCGGUGAAUAUAAACAUGACUUUCGAUGUCAAAUUCAGAAAUCAAUUCACGCGGCACCGUUGAAGUGGAAAGCAAAAAUAUUAUACAAAUUUCCACGGCCAGUUGGCGAGGCUUUGUUCCGGUAUGCGUUUCGAUGUCGUGUCACGCCCAUUAAAGCUAUGUCGUAGUAGUUCUGGGAAGGGGGAGGAGAGAACCUCAAGCAAAUCACUUUCAUGUUUCCGGAUCCUACGCCAGUCAAGACCCGUUAGAGUAGAACCGGAUGAAAAAUUAGUUUCCCUCGGCUCGGGUCGGGAAACUGAAUUGUCUUCAAAGGGUUUUUAUUUCCAUUCUAGUGCCUAUGAGAAAUGAAAACCCGGAGACAGUGGAAACACAAAAAUUUGACUUAUGAAAGGGUUACCCAGAAGUGAACCCAAGCUUUUCCAAAGGAUUACAAUUGUUUUCGGUUAUGGAUUAAGUUCCAACGUUAAGUGUUUCUUAAACAAAAGUUGUGUGCCGCGGGGUUCCAUCGAUUGGUUGAAAACUGUGUUUGCUAGCUUCGGUCGGGUUCAACGAUCUUUGGAUUUUUACGUGUUCGCCCGUUUCUUGUGAUUCAUGUGCUUAUAGAAUCAAGUAGUUAUUAGAAAUUAUAAGUGCUAAUUAAAAACGUGUUAUAAUUCGAAAAAUGAGAAUGAACGGAAAAUGGAAGUGUUAUUCAACGUCGAUUCAUCUGGACUUAUUGCAGUCAGUUACUGCCACGCUUGACCGAUUCCGACAGCAGCUCCGUAGACCUUGGCACUGAAAAGAUCGACCAAUAUCAAUUAGGAGACAUUUAAGAUAAAUGUACGACCGGAUCACAAAUCAACGGGAAAAUUGGAUAGCUUUUAGCAGGAGAAUCCGGCUUCGCAGCACAAACGUGACCACAGGCCACGGCUGAAGGGCGAAAUCGAUCAUCGGUAUAAUUGAAACUAGCAGUCACAUUUUCCCCGUUUUGUCGACUGGGGAAAGGCUUAUCAUUUCCAUCUGUACAAUUAAUUCCAACGCGUGCUUCGAUUGAAACUUCGCGAAACGUGAAAUUUGUAAACCAAACUCAGCAAAGAGAGAGAGACGGAAAUACGGGCAGACGGUUGACUGCCUGCCUGCCUGCACAAGGACAAACAUCGCCUCGGUGAUCAAUCGUGUGCCAAAUUGUAAGCGCACUUUAAUUAUUACCGCUGACUGGGCAUUUGCCCGCUUGUAGUGUGUCGUUAGUUUAGUAACGCUAGGUAAACGGAAAAUCAUCGUGACGACGAGUGGGUUGUGAUUUUCAUAUGCUAUCGGUUUCGGUGUGACCGCGAGCUCGAUCCGAUAUCAACUGCUUCCCGGACUGGUAAUUGCUUACACGAACAGCAAUCAGUGCCAUUCCCCCGUCGAAGUUGCAGCCGGAUGUGCACAGGAUUUCCGCCGGCGGACACAGCAACCCAAAAGCAACUCGCUGGUUGCGCAACUUUUGCGGUAAUUUAAUUACCGAGUCAGUGCGCUACCCUGGAAUUGGAUUGUCAAACAGUGCACGGUGUUAGAAGUAAAAUGAAUCCAUCCGAGAUGGGAGGACAUCCAACCGUCGGUAGAGGCAGGAAUGCACGAAGCACGUCGACCUUGGCCAUGCUGGUCUUGCUGCUGACCGUGGCCAGUUUGCCGUUCUCCACUGGUCAGGCCCUCAAACGAUGCCCGUCGGAUUGUGAAUGCAGCCUUGAUCAAAGAGGGCUUUACCAGACGAGCUGCUCCAAAGUCGAAUGGCGAGCGAUUCCGGUGCCGGAUAUUGACCGGGAAGUGGAGGUGAUUCUGAUCCGGGGCUCGAAGAACUCGCUCAACAUCGGGCCCAUCUUUCAGACCUUCUCCCGGCUGGAGGUGCUGAAAAUCAACAACGCCAACGUGCCGGCCAUCGGCAUGAACUCCUUCUGGGGUCUGGUCAAACUGCGCACACUGGACCUAUCCCGGAACAACAUCACCCAAAUCAUCGUCGACAACUUCCGGGGACAGGACAAUCUGCUGGAACUGGAUCUGUCCAAGAAUCGAAUGGAACGGAUUGCCAGCGGAACAUUCGGCCAUUUGAAGAGCUUGAAAUCGUUGAACCUGGCGGACAAUUCGAUCGACGAGCUGAACGCGCGGCUAUUUUUACAUUUGGCUAAACUCAAACAUCUGGAUCUGAGUCGUAAUCCCAUCGACGAUCUGCCACCGGAAGUGUUCAAGGACGUGCAGGAAUUGAAAGUGCUAAAAGUUAGAGGUUGCCAUCUGCUGAACGUGAACCCGCAGGUGUACAAUAUGCUGACACAUCUUUCCGAGCUGGAUCUGGGCCAAAAUCAGUUCACCUACUUUGUGCGCACGGAAUUCAAGGACCUGAAGCGGCUGCGGGUGCUGCGACUCGACGGCAAUCAGCUAUCAGUCGUCGUCGACAAACUGUUCGAGUACCAGAAGGGACUCGACUUUCUAGAUCUUUCCUUCAACCGAUUGGCGAAAAUAUCGGAAAAGGCAUUCGAGAAUCUAUCGAAUCUCACAUAUCUGGACGUUUCGUACAAUAAAUUAUCACGCAUCGAACCGGAAUGCCUGGAGCCAGUAACGAAGUUACAAACAUUCAACAUCAGUGGCAACCUGCAGCUGGACCUGAUGGAAGUGGAUCCUACCUUCCAGAUGAUCCCGAAUAUCUCCACCCUGGCGAUUGCCGAUAUGGGUCCGCUACCGAUGAAGCUGUUCGGACCCUUCAAACAGCUGCGGGCUCUCAAUCUUUCCGGUAAUCACAUCGACAACAUCACACUGCAGAUAAUCCAACCGUUGGCGCAUUUACAGCUGCUGGACCUUUCUCGCAACCAACUGUCCGGAAUCGAGGACCGAUAUGCGGCCCAACUAGCCCGGAUCGGUGACCUACGGAUGGACAAUAAUCCUCUGAUAUGUGACCGUUGCCAUAUGGGAGCCAUCAUCGAUAUGGCCAACGAGCUGUCAUGGAGGGAACAACCGGAGUGCUUCUUGCCGGAACGCCUGCGAGGUAUUGUGAUCAGUGACCUAGAACAUUUUGCCAUCGAGGAUUGCAUGGAGGUGAUUGUGGACGAGGACCAUGAUGCUGCCAGCACAUCGCACAACUUUUUGGAACAAGCUGGAAGUGCCAGUGUGCUUGCGUUCUGCGGUUUGCUUCUGUUCGUUGUUUUGGCCAUCGUUGUGGUUUCGACAGCAAUCUGCCUCUCGAGACAUCGGGCGAGAUAUUACACGCACGAGGAGAAACGAGAUUCCACCAUCGAAAAGAAUGGCACCGAGACGUCACUGCUGACCGCAGGCAGCGAAAUCAACUUCAAGUUCCCGUACACCGACCGGGUUUGCACGAUCGACGAAAUGUGCAUCCCUCCGCCACCGCCACCACCCGGCAAGCUCACCGCCAACGUCAUCGAGCGGUUCGAUUAACGAACGGAGCACGAUGAUGCUAACUCCGGUUGCGAUGGUGCCAGCGGUUCCGGCACUUCCGGUCCAUCGACCACCAUCGCAACAUCAUCGGUGGCCAUCAUCGGGGACGAUUCUUCAUCCGCAUCGAUAGUGGGCAUUGGCACCUCAUCCAGUGCCAUCACCACCAGUAGCAGCAUGGGCAGCAGCGGCAGUACUUCUGGAGGGACAACCGUUCCGCUUCGUGGUAUUUUAAGGAACAGCAAAAAGAAGGACGUGUUCUAGGAACACCGUCCUCACAUCUGACUGGCGGCUCCAAGUCGUCCAGAACCAGUAAUCGGUGGCAUUGUGUACAUAAACGGUCUGUCUGUGAGUUUGUAUUUAUUGUAGAGAAUCCCACCCGAUCUCCCGCUAUCCGGCUACGAGUGGGUGUGUGAAUCGUGCGAGUGUGAUUGCGUGAGUGCCUCGAUGACUAAACUUGACUAAUUGUAAUUAGCUAUUAAUGGUUGUUCAGCCAGCGCACGACGGAGGGCGGAUGACAAACGAUUUCUUAUGUAAGACAAUUUGUAAAUAGAUGUACGUACAACCAACAGGGAAAAGAACCCCUUUUUUCCUUUUUUUUUUCUUUCGCCCCUUCAACAACCACAACCACCAACUCCCACUUUCUCAAAGCAAAUAACGGUUUUAGUAGGAGAGCCCCUCCUCCGCGGGAUCUCGCAAACUCCAGUUGUGGUGUUUUAGUCAAUAGUCAGAUUGUACGGAAGAUAGGAAAACCGAACGCUCCCCCGACGAAACAAAAAGUAUUUUCAACGAGGAAUUGGAUGGGUUCCUAGAAGAUUGAUGAAACCUAUGGUUAGGGCCGCCCAAAUCGAGGCUGGAUGACACAAGCAGGAUUUCAUUCAAAGCGGGCUUCAUUUAUAUAUGCAUUAAUAGUGUGAGUAUCUAAAAACUAGAACAGAUUUAGAUUCAAUAUCAGAGUAACGGAUUGUUAGGCUUAAGGUUGACCGUUCAUUCAAUACUUUUUGGUGAUAUCAAUAAAACAGAUUUUUGUAAGAAA